AUGGCGCCAACCGCUGCACCCAAGAUGAAACACGAACGCCUCGGCAAAGGCCACCACCACAAGUGUUUGUUGGAAUCUCCGCCUCUCGCGAUUCACAUAGAUUUACUAGCCCAACAUCAUACACUAUCAUUGUGCACACUUGGCUCCCAAAAGCGGCCGAAGAUGAACAAGACGAAAAAGACAAAGAAGAAGAAGAAGAAGAAGAAGAAGAAGAAGAAGAAGAAGAAAAAGCCACAAAAACAUUGCAGAAACCACUGUUAUGGGUUCUGGACACGUGUUGCUGGUCAUUUUAGCACAAGGCCUAGUGUACACGCACACCGGUUGUUGCAUCAGGUUGACAGCAUGGCAAUUGACGCCAUUGGUGCAUGUAAUGCUGCCCGGGCUGCAAUUGUGACUACUAGGAAUUAUGCUGCCAACGAUGAAUGCCUCAGCGCAUCACGUUGCGAUAAAGAAUCUGGCAGCGGGCCAGGGCAAAGAGAUUGUACUGCAUAUUGA